AUGAAUGAUUAUGAUACAAGAAUUCGUUACGUCGCGUCGGCAGUGAGCGGUGUGGGCAGCUGGGAGCAACAAUACGUGCUGGUCACUAGUGAGGAGGGCUACACGUUGGGAAUUUUCAUGAUUCAUCAGCCUGUAAAGUGUAAAGUCACCCCGGGUCCCGGGCGCGUGUCGUGUGUCGCGUGUGGCGACGCGCGGUGCGAGCGCGGGCCGGCCGCCGCGGCAGUGCCUUACGAGGCGCGCCGCGAGCUCGACGUGUCUGUCUCGCGCCCAUGUGCAGUGUGCCCGCGCCCCGGUGACGCCUGCCCGCGCCCGCCAGCCCGGCCUGCCCCAGCCUGUCCCGGCCCGCCGGCAGCCCCGGCCUGCCUCGGCCCCGCCAUGGGCUGCGCCCGCGGUCUCUGCACCGCCGACAAGAUAUUCAUCUUCAUCAAUAUCGCCUUCGCGAUUGACUCCAAAACGGGUCUGGUAAACCAGUUCCGUAUUCCCAAACCGAUGAGUAAAGCGUUGCGAGUAAAUAAAAAGUUUAUACGUUCCCUUCGAGGGUCGUCGGUGUAUUGUCUCGUCUACCUGCAGGUGCAGCACAAAGCGCGGCCGCUCGCUACUCGCCGUACACCCGCCGGCCGCCUCGUACUUACUAUCGAGCAGCUUCUGCUUAAUUCG